CUUCAACCUCUAUAAAUCCUAAAAAUUUUACUGAGUCGAUUUCUCCAACUUCAAACAACAAACAUGAAUUAGUAUUGAAAUCCCUUUUGAAAUUGUUUGCUGAUAAACGAGCUCAGAUAACAUAUUUCUCUAUGAACAACGUGCCUACUUUAUUGCUUAACGAUAAUUAUUUUGAGAAUUUAAGAACAAUAAAUUUUGGUACGGUAUUGAUGGAUACGGGUAUACGACCAUUAUUCGAAGGUAUUCGAUACAUGAAUUUGGAAUGGGAUGCUUUGUCGUUGGAUGGAUUUUUAUAUGCUCUUGGGAAUGUUUGCAAGAAUUUGGAUUCCUUGUCAACAAAUUUUGCGCAUGACCCAGUAUCUUCAUCUCUAUUUUUAAACAAACAACAAGCCACCGAUCUAGCAAUAUUUAUUUGUUCUCAAACUUCUCUAUCCUCAUUCAUUCUCCAAAAUUAUCAAUAUUUCACCAAUUAUUUUUUGGAAUCCUUAAACACCCAGAUUAACUCCUUAAAACGACUCGAAUUUUAUGCCGUAGACUUUGAAGGUUGUACUUUUGAAGUGGUGGCAAGUUGUAAACAAUUAGAAUAUUUAAGUAUUGUGGAAUGUAUGAAUAUUACCUUCGAUAUAAUUGAUACUUCAUCUAUGCCUUCGGUACGGAACGGUGGUGUAAGUGAGCCGACAAUUUUAUUAAAAUUAAGAGAUGAUCCAUCAAUGGAGUACCAUACUACUUUAAAAACCUCAACGGUUUUAUUAAAACCGUCAUCAUCACAAAAUAAAUAUAUGUUUUCAAAAUUUGAUCGGAAAAUACCUGCUUCAACAAGACAUCAUAUAGUAUUACAUUCUAGUAAUCCGAAUUUCACGACUUCUCUUCCUAUAGAACUUCUUAAAUGGGCUCAAUCAAAAAAUCACCCCGUUCCAUG